AUGUUCAUAGAGCAAGAAACGCCGUCUGAGCCCGACAUAUAUCUGCUACCUCGGACGAUUCUUGGCUUCAAUCUACGACGAAAACAGUGGGAGGACCUCAAUGUGGAUCUGAUCAAAGAAAUAUCCUGGAAUAAAGACGCUUUUAAGCAUCUUGUCGCGGAUCCCGAAACCAAGGAACUAGUUCAAACCCUCGUCACAAACAAAAUUGCAGCCGAGAGAGGAACCGAUCUCAUACAGAACAAGGGAAACGGGCUAAUCAUGCUUCUCCAUGGAGGUCCGGGAACCGGCAAGACGUUCACCGCUGAGAGCGUUGCUGAGAUGGCGGAGAAACCUCUCUACGCUGUGACUUGCGGCGAUAUUGGAACUGAACCAGAAAAGACAGAGAAAUACUUGGAGUCCGUCUUCCAUCUUGGCAAAAUGUGGGGAUGCGUGGUUCUUUUGGAUGAGGCCGAGGUAUUUCUCGAACAGCGCUCUCUCAACGACUUAGCGCGUAAUGCUCUUGUGUCAGUCUUUCUACGCGCGUUGGAAUAUUACGAUGGCAUCCUCAUCCUAACGUCAAACCGCGUCGGCACCUUUGACGAGGCAUUCAAGUCGCGUAUACAGUUGGCUCUGCACUACAAGCCGCUGACACAGCCGCAACGAGCUCGGAUCUGGCUCAACUUCUUUAGUCAUCUUAAGUCCCUUGAAGAGAACACUAUUGACUAUGAUGACAUCGAGAGCUAUAUCGAUGAGCUAUCCGAGCAUGAGAUGAAUGGGCGUCAAAUACGCAACGUGAUUACCACUGCCAGGCAAUGGGCUCAGUUUCGAGACAGUAGGAUGAAAGCAAUUCAUUUGAUGGAUACUAUAAAAGUGACUGGCAAAUUCGAUACUUACAUCAAGGACGUGAAGGAGGGAUACUCCGAUGAUCAAAUAGCAAGAGGGGAUGGAGUGCGAUAG